AUGGAGGAGAAGAGUAAGAAGGACCACCGGGCUCUGCUCAACCAAGGAGAGGAGAAUGAACUGGAGGUGUUUGGUUACCGUACCCAGAAUCUUCGCAGAGCCCUGUGCCUUAUAACAACCAUGCUGACAUGUGGGGUUCUUCUGCUGGUGUUCUACUGGAAGCCCCAGUGGAGAGUGUGGGCUAAUUGCAACCCAUGCCCUUUGCAAGAAGCAGACACUGUUUUGCUAAGAACAACGGAUGAAUUCCAAAGAUAUACGAGGAAGAAGGUUAUAUGCCUCUACUUAGCGACACUGAAGUUUCCUAUAAGCAAGAACCCAGAAGAACCCCUGGUGGCUGACCGUCACUCUGUCAUUAACCAUGCGGUAUUGAAGCCAGAAUUAAAACUGCGAUAUAUCCAAGUGCGGAAAAUCAGGUACGUUUGGGACUACUUGGAGAAGAGGUUUCAGAAAGUCGGCCUGCUGGAAGACAGCAACUCCUGCUAUGAUAUCCACCACACGUUUGGACUGGGCCUGACCAGUGAAGAGCAAGAGGUCAGAAGAUUAGUGUGUGGGCCCAAUGCCAUUGAGGUAGAAAUCCAGCCCAUAUGGAAGCUGCUUAUUAAACAGGUUUUAAAUCCAUUCUACGUGUUCCAAGCCUUUACCCUAACUUUGUGGCUGUCUCAAGGUUACAUAGAAUACUCUGUGGCCAUCAUCAUCUUGUCUAUUAUCUCCAUUGUCUUAAGUGUGUAUGAUUUGCGACAGCAAUCAGUGAAGCUGCACAACCUUGUGGAGGAUCACAACAAAGUCCAGGUUACAGUCAUGGUAAAGGACAAAGGUUUGCAGAAGCUGGAAUCCCAUCUCUUGGUUCCUGGGGAUACUCUUAUUCUUCCAGGAAAAACUUCAUUGCCAUGUGAUGCUAUCCUGAUUGAUGGAAGCUGUGUGGUGACUGAAGGCAUGCUCACAGGAGAAAGCAUACCUGUCACAAAGACGCCACUGCCCCAUACGGAGAACACCGUGGCCUGGAAAUCCCACAGCUUGGAGGACUAUCGGAAACAUGUCCUUUUCUGCGGGACAGAAGUUAUCCAGGUCAAGCCGUCUGGGCAGGGGCCAGUGAGAGCAGUUGUUUUGCGAACAGGUUACAAUACUGCCAAAGGGGACUUGGUGAGAUCCAUCCUCUAUCCCCGACCUCUGAACUUCAAGCUAUACAACGAUGCCUUCAAGUUUAUAGUGUUCCUGGCCUUCCUUGGCAUUGUGGGUUUCUUCUAUGCCCUUGGUGUAUAUAUGUACCACGGAGUUUCUCCAAGAGACACGGCAACCAUGGCCCUGCUUCUCCUCACCGUGACUGUCCCUCCUGUGCUACCAGCUGCCCUGACCACAGGAAUCGUGUAUGCACAAAAGAGGCUGAAGAAAAAGAAAAUCUUCUGUAUUUCCCCACAGAGAAUCAAUAUGUGUGGACAAAUAAACCUCGUGUGCUUUGACAAAACUGGCACUCUUACGGAAGAUGGGCUGGACCUCUGGGGGACGGUCCCUACUGCUGACAACUGUUUUCAGGAAGUGAAUAGCUUUGCCUCAGGCAAGGCUUUGCCAUGGGGCCCGCUGUGUGCUGCCAUGGCCAGCUGCCACUCUCUGAUCCUUCUCAAUGGGACCAUCCAAGGAGACCCACUGGACCUCAAAAUGUUUGAGGGCACUGCCUGGAUAAUGGAAGAUUGCGAUGCAGACUACCGCACAUUUGGGAUGCCAGGUUCAAACAUAAUAAUAAAGCCAGGACCAAAAGCCAGUUGGAGUCCCGUGGAAGCCAUAGCCAUCUUGCGCCAGUUUCCAUUUUCCUCAAGCCUGCAGAGGAUGUCUGUGGUCGCUCAGGUGGCAGGGGAGGAUCACUUCCAUGUGUACGUGAAGGGUGCCCCGGAGAUGCUGGCCAAGUUCUGCAAGUCUGAAACAGUACCCAAGAAUUUCCCACAGGAACUCAGGAAAUACACAAUACAAGGCUUCCGUGUCAUUGCUUUUGCCCAUAAAGGCUUGAAGAUGAAGAAGCUUUCAGAAGUAGAGAAUUUAGCCAGAGAGAAGGUGGAGUCAGACUUGACAUUUCUGGGACUUCUCAUAAUGGAGAAUCGCUUGAAAAAAGAAAGCAAGUCAGUCUUGAAGGAACUGCAUGAAGCCUGCAUCAGGACCGUGAUGAUUACUGGUGACAACCUUCAAACAGCGAUUACUGUGGCAAAGAAUUCUGAAAUGAUUCCUGGAGGAAGCCAAGUGAUCCUUGUUGAAGCCAAUGAACCAGAAGAUUUUGUUCCUGCCUCUGUGACUUGGCAGCUGGUUGAGAACCAGGAGAAUGGACCAGAGAAGAAUGAAACCUGCGUUAACAUUGGGAACAGUUCGGUGCCUGAUGGAGCGAGAGGGAGCUGUUACCAUUUUGCAAUGAGUGGGAAAUCCUACCAAGUGAUAUUUCAGCAUUUCAACAGCUUGCUUCCAAAAAUCCUGGUGAAUGGAACCAUUUUUGCAAGAAUGUCUCCUGGGCAGAAAUCUAGUCUUAUUGAAGAAUUUCAGAAAUUAAAUUACUACGUGGGCAUGUGCGGAGAUGGAGCUAAUGACUGUGGGGCUUUGAAAAUGGCUCAUGCAGGCAUUUCACUGUCAGAGCAGGAGGCAUCUGUGGCCUCCCCUUUCACCUCGAAAAUAGCCAACAUCGCGUGUGUGCCUCAUCUCAUCAGAGAAGGCCGAGCUGCUCUGGUUUCAUCCUUUGGGGUAUUUAAAUAUUUGACCAUGUAUGGCAUAAUCCAACUUAUUGGUGCAUCACUGCUCUAUUGGCAGCUACAGCUCUUUGGGAAUUACCAGUAUCUCAUGCAAGACGUAGCCAUUACCUUGAUGGUCUGUUUAACAAUGAGUUCAACUCAUGCCUACCCCAAACUGGCUCCUUACCGACCGGCAGGACAGCUCCUCUCUCCCCCUUUGCUGCUCUCAGUCUUUUUGAACACCUGUUUCACCUGCAUUGUGCAAAUCUGUGCAUUUCUCUAUGUGAAGCAGCAGCCCUGGUAUUGUGAGGUCUACAGAUACAGUAAGUGCUUUCUGGACAACCAAAGUAAUUUCUCAAUGAAUAUGAGUUUGGAGAGAAAUGGGACUGAAAAUGCAACGCUGAUUCCUGGUUCAGUUUUAAGUUUUGAGAGUACCACACUGUGGCCCCUCACCACCAUCAACUGUAUCACAGCAGCGUUUAUCUUCUCUAAGGGAAAGCCAUUUCGAAAACCCAUCUACACAAACUAUAUAUUCUCAUUUCUGCUGAUAUCUGCCUUGGGCCUCACAGUUUUCAUUCUGUUUUCUGACUUUCAAGAUAUAUAUCGUGGAAUGGAGGAUUUCAUCCUUCAAAAUCGAAAGCUCUGGCUAUGGAUCAAAAAAAAAUUUGGAUUCUAUUCUAAAAGUCAAUAUAGGCACUGGCAAAAAACGCUGGCAGAAGAUUCCACCUGGCCUCCCACAAACAGAACGGAUUAUUCAGGCGAUGGUGAAAAUGGAUUCUACAUCAACCGUGGCUAUGAAAGCCCUGAACAGAUUCCAAAAGCGAAACUCGAGAUGGAAGGCCAAACCACAGAACAGCAUUUUUGGACCAGGCUGUAA